AACAAUAGUAAUCAGCAGCAGCAGCAGUAGCAACCAGUAGUGCCGAGAAGCAGCGCUUUCAAUCGCAGUCUCUCUCUCCCGACCUUGUCGCCCGCCGUAUGUCUGUUACUCGCAAUUGUAUUUAGUACUGUCGAAGCCUAUUCACACACACACGCAUAUUCCUCUCUCUCAAUUGUAUAUGUAUAUAUAUAUCCAUAUCUAGAUCUUCAUCUGCAUCUACGUUGUCCCUUCUUCCAUCUAAGACAGACAUUGUCAACACAGCAGCCUCAAAUUUGAUCAACCGUUUUGGCUUGGCUAAACCAAACCAAACCCCAGAGUGCAGCACACACAGCCUUAUAUAUUAAUUAAUAUAUAUAUACACAUUUACUUUUUUGUUGUGGUUUUUUGGGGUUGUUUUGUCUUUUUUUUUCCAACUGGAUCAAAAAGGUAAAAAACGGAAUAUGACUUCCACAGAAAUAAGAUCGGGCUAUAGCGAAAAUAAACCAUCAUCGAGGGUGCUGAAACCACCCGGCGGAGGAGAAAGUAAUAUAUUUGGUCCUGCAGUAGCGGGAUCAUCUGCAAAUAGCAAAGUGAACCGCAUGGAAUCUAAUGUGUUUAAAGAACCGGAUACAAAACCUCAGCCUGCAGCAGCAUCCAAGAAAGAAGAUACCCAUAAUAACUUAUUCGGCGAGCAAAAACUGAAAGUUAGGACUGAUUUUAAUGCUGCCACCGUGAAGGGUCAAGGUUACUUCAAUGAUCCAAUAAAUAAUACAGGAGCACCAGCCGAUUCAGAAGUAAUGCAUACAAGAAUUUCUCAACCUCCUGGUGGCCAUUGCCAUCAACUUUGGUGAUUUUGCUUGUUCAAUUUGAAGAUUUCAAAAAUGUAAAAGUUUUGGCAUACAGCAAUUUGUGUACUUUUAAUACCUUAAAGGCACUUUAAUAUUGUUGAUUCUUUUUAGCUUUAACAAUUUCUCUCAAAUAUCAAAGUAUGUAGCCAUUCAUAAACUUCAAAGUUUUACAUUUUAGGUUGAGAGUUUUAAUUCUAUUAUUGCAAAUCAAACUACUUGGCAACUAAGGUUGAUUUUAUUCAUUGUAUUUAAUCAACAAAUAAGUAUUUUGUUUGAUUUUGUUUUUGUAUUUUUGAAACCUGAAUAUACACUCGUCUCGUGUAUUGGACCCUUGCAGAAAGGACUGGAAUGCAUGUAUGGUGCAUAAAUGUGGAAGUAUUCUUAUUGGUAGCUCCCAUCUAAACUAAAGAUCAAGAAAUACUAUGUUCUGUUAAUCAAAUAUAAAUAACAAAAAAAAAAAAAAAAUCAAAAAAAAGAAGCAAUAUUUCAAAUGAUCAUUUUCUUUGUAUAUUUCCAUUAUUUUGUACUUGAUUAAAGUUUAUGGUCUGUUCUUCAUGAUGCACACUUGGUAGGCAUAUAUAUUUGUAACACUUCAGUAGUUAACUAGUCUAUAAAGCAGAAUGAAUUGAGGUAGAACCUUAGUUAUUUAUUCCUAAACCUCAUCAGCAUGUGUUACUUUAUUCUAAAAAAUAUUGCUGCACAUUUCAACUUUAAUUGAAUUAUCUUAAUUGUUAUUCUCCCUUGAAAGCUUAUAUAAAAUGCUUGACUUUGGGAAAAGAAGUGUGUGUUUGUUGGUUUAAUUUUAUCUUUUGGAGGAAAAUACAAACGAUUCAAUAUAGUUUUCAAAAA